UGUACUGUAACGACAUUCUGUAGAAUCUUGCAUGUUUCUUUCCUUUACCACCAUGUCUAAGAGAGCCCGCAGUUCGAGUCCUAUAGUAAUCGCCAAGAAAAGCAGAACAAAUUACGCUUUCAUACCUAAGAAAGUCGCCUCUAUUGGAGAUGCCAAUGCUGUUCAGGCCGACCCGCCUCUCCCAAGACUCUUGAGGGCGAAUAAAGAUGCUAUCGAGGACCCACCAAAGGGAAAUUGCAUUGUUUACUGGAUGAGAAUGAAUGACCUUAGAAUAAUUGACAACAGAGCUCUUGCGCAAGCAUCAGCUCGAGCAGUUUCAGAUAGUGUUCCUCUCAUCGUCUUAUUUGUACUUAGCCCUCAGGAUUACGUGGCGCAUGAUCGUAGUAAACGUAGGAUCGAUUUUACCCUUCGAAAUCUUCGUAUUAUCAAAUCCUCUCUAACCCUACUCGACAUACCACUUUAUACAAUAAUGCAUACCACAAGGCGUACCCUUCCUGAGCGAGUUCUUUCUAUUCUGCAGUCACUUCAAACCACUCAACUUUUCGCAAACAUUGAGUACGAACUUGAUGAACUUCGUCGUGACAUCAGGAUAUGCCAGCUUGCAAAAGAAUACAAGAUCAGACCAAAUUUUGUCCACGACAAGUGUAUCAUAGAGCCUGGAGUUUUAGAGACCAAGAAUGGCAAAGCAUAUACAGUCUAUUCGCCAUAUCAGCGCAAUUGGAUCGCGACUUUGAAUAGCAAUAUAUCUACUUACCUUGAUUCAUCUCCCAUACCUCAACGCAAUUCUAUCAUCGUUCGCCAGCAUCCAAUUUUUGGUCCACUUUUUGAAAUCGCUGUGCCCGACUUUGUGGAUGGAUUCAAACUUGAGGACAUAGACAAAGAGACAAUGCAGAAAGUAUGGCCAGCUGGAGCUGACGCUGCAAAAGAGGUUCUCUCUCGGUUUCUCCAUACCAAAUCUCGUGUCAGCCAGAUUGGUGCGGCAGAUCCUUUAGCAUCUGAAGCGGAGGUUUCAGAGAAACGGAGCCGAGUCAUCGCGUACAAAGAUGUGCGCGACAGGGCAGAUCGCGAUACAACCUCCAGGAUCAGUCCCUACCUUUCAGCAGGAGUCAUUUCUGCGAGAGAGUGCGUUAGGGCUUCCAUGGUCUUGCUAGACAUCACAAAAGUUGAAGCAGGAAGAACUACUGGAGUGGGGAAAUGGGUGCAAGAGAUCGCUUGGCGGGACUUUUACAACAAUGUUCUUGCGUCGUAUCCACGCGUAUCGAUGGGGCGUCCGUUCCAAGAGAAGAUGGCAGACGUCAAGUGGGAGGUGAAUGAGGAACACCUAAACGCCUGGAAACAGGGAAAGACUGGUAUCCCUAUUGUCGAUGCAGCUAUGAGGCAAGUGAAUACAAUGGGUUGGAUGCACAAUCGCAUGCGUAUGAUAGUUGCGAUGUUCCUUUCCAAAGACCUCAUGCUUGACUGGCGCUUAGGUGAACGGUACUUCAUGGAACAGCUUAUUGAUGGGGACCUCGCGUCUAACAAUGGUGGAUGGCAGUGGAGUGCCUCCACAGGCGUAGACCCAGCACCGUAUUUUCGCCUGUUCAAUCCUUACUCACAGAGUGUCAAGGCAGACCCUACUGGGGACUACAUAAGACAUUUCGUGGAAGAGCUGAAGAAUCUACGAGGGCCUGAAGUGCACAACCCUCCAGUAAAGAUAGCCGACAAGCUAGGAUACCCUAGGCCCAUCGUUCAGCAUCAAGAAGUUAGGGAGCGUGCAUUGAGAAGAUAUAAGACCCCGGGUCAGGAGUAAGCAAGCACUGUAGGUUGGAGAGAGUAUCACGCUAUAGGAGUUUCGGUUUGCAACUGGAUGUAUCGACCUGUUGAAGGGUCAUUCACAGAUCCUGGAGAAGAGUUACCUAGUGUAUCUCAUUCUGCUGAAGAUCAGCGUAUCGAAGCGUUGUACGUGAUAGGGGCCUUACUACUUUCAGCUCGCGAGAACAUUCGUGCAAAUUACCAUGAGUCCUCCGUAUACUACAUGAAAUAACACUGACCAAGGAAGAUACCGCAACAAU